GUCUCCCGGGGCUGUGAGGAGCCAGGCGCAUCUCAAAGCGAGCUGGAGGCUCCAGGCUCUGAAGCCAUGCCCUGCACGAACCCUUGUCCUUACCAAGCUGCUGAGGAAUGAAAGGAAGCCAGGGAUCCUCCGAAGGCAGCAGUGAUGUGGACCAACCCCCUGGAGCCAGCACCCUCCCGAGGGCCAUAGACGACCCAGGGAACUGGAGAGAGCUCAAGACAGGAAACCCCAGCUUUCCCAAAGUCCCCGUGGAUGCUGACAAAAGGAGAUCUGAAUUGUGGGGAGAGCCUGUCCUAGGUUACACAGCUGCAGAGUGAUUUUUUUUCUCCUCCGGCACUGAAUCUCCCCCCCCUCCAACCCCCAGACGUCCAGAGUACCAUGAAGAAUUAUGAGGAUGUGUGACAGAGGUAUCCAGAUGUUGAUCACCACCGUGGGAGCCUUCGCAGCUUUUAGUUUAAUGACCAUUGCAGUGGGCACGGACUACUGGUUAUAUUCCAGAGGCGUGUGCAGGACUAAAUCUACAAGUGAUAAUGAAACCAGCAGGAAGAAUGAAGAAGUAAUGACCCAUUCCGGGCUGUGGAGGACCUGCUGCUUAGAAGGGGCUUUCCGAGGAGUGUGCAAGAAAAUCGACCACUUCCCUGAAGAUGCAGACUACGAACAGGAUACAGCGGAGUACCUCCUACGGGCCGUGAGGGCCUCCAGCGUCUUCCCCAUCCUCAGCGUCACCCUGCUGUUCUUCGGGGGGCUCUGCGUGGCGGCCAGCGAGUUCCACCGCAGCCGGCACAAUGUCAUCCUCAGCGCGGGCAUCUUCUUUGUGUCUGCAGGCUUAAGCAACAUCAUUGGCAUCAUCGUUUAUAUAUCAGCCAACGCCGGAGACCCCGGGCAGCGUGACUCCAAGAAAAGCUACUCRUACGGCUGGUCCUUUUACUUCGGCGCCUUCUCCUUCAUCAUCGCCGAGAUCGUGGGCGUGGUGGCCGUGCACAUCUACAUCGAGAAACACCAGCAGCUGCGCGCCAAAUCGCACUCGGAGCUCCUCAAGAAGUCCGCCUUCGCCCGCCUCCCGCCCUACAGGUACCGGUUCCGGAGGAGGUCCAGCUCCCGCUCCACCGAGCCGCGCUCCCGAGACCUGUCCCCCAUCAGCAAAGGCUUCCACACCAUCCCCUCCACCGACAUCUCCAUGUUCACCCUGUCCCGGGACCCCUCCAAGAUCACCAUGGGGACCCUCCUCAACUCGGACCGGGACCACGCUUUUCUACAGUUCCACAAUUCCACGCCCAAAGAGUUCAAAGAGUCGCUGCACAACAACCCGGCCAACAGGCGCACCACGCCCGUGUGAGCGCACGCCGCUGGCCGCGCCCAGCACCGCCCGCGGGGGCGCAGUGUCCACAGACGUCUCCAAGGUUGCAUGGCAUGGUCCUCGUGAUGGUUCUUACUUCUCACAAAGAAAUGAAAACCAAAUGGACUCCGCCCUGUCCCACGGGGGUCCCCCCACCCCACCCCAUCCCCACAGGACCCCCACCUUUCCAUUCCCCACCUCCCCAACCGGAUCCCUUCCUGUCGUCCCUCCCUCCCUCCCCUCUGUGUAUCUGUGCCCACAUGUCCUUCUGUCCUUCCUUCCUUCCUUCCUUCCUCCACUGUUCUUCCCUCCUUGGGAGAGGACUUUAUUAAAAGUCACAGGGUGGUGGCCAGAGGGGAGGGGGGGAUCUGCCAAUCUCCCAGCAGGUGCCGGCGUAGCUGUCCCCAUUUGUCCACCCAACACAGAUCCUCAGGAAACCCACCACCGCCCAGGUGGCCCUGAGGGAGGCAUUCACCUUUAAGUGUUAGGAAAAAUAAUAAUAAUAAUAAUAAUAACAUGACCGGAAAUCAAAGAUGUCAGAGUCCGAAGCAGCUGAUGUAAUGAGCACUCAUGUUAUUAAAGGUUUUGCCUUGUCGUAA